AUGGAAAGAUUACAGAGAUUGCUCGGAGGCAGCAAUGGCCUUGUACAAGGCGGAGCCGCUAUGAAUGAUGCCCCAGCUAUAGACAAUGCUGAAACAGUUUACAUUUCGUCGUUGGCGUUGUUGAAAAUGCUUAAACACGGCCGUGCUGGUGUACCCAUGGAAGUGAUGGGCUUGAUGCUCGGUGAGUUCGUGGACGACUUCACGAUCCAUGUGAUUGAUGUUUUUGCCAUGCCCCAGUCGGGAACUGGUGUGUCUGUGGAGGCCGUUGACGAUGUUUUCCAAACCAAGAUGAUGGAUAUGUUGAGACAGACUGGUAGAGACCAGAUGGUGGUGGAUGGUACCACUCGCAUCCUGGUUUUGGAUGCUGGCUUUCGUCGUUUUGAGCAGUUGAACAAGAGAGCCGUUGCCGUUGUGGUGGACCCUAUCCAGUCGGUCAAGGGUAAGGUGGUGAUUGACGCAUUCCGUACCAUUGACGCCACCACUUUGAUGAGAGGCCAGGAACCUCGUCAAUCGACAUCCAACGUCGGUCACUUGAACAAGCCUUCGAUUCAGGCGCUCAUCCACGGCUUGAACAGGCACUACUACUCGUUAAACAUCGACUACCACAAGACGCUGUACGAAACCAACAUGCUCAUGAACUUGCACAAGAAGCUGUGGCAGAGCGGCUUGGAGAUGGCCGACUACAACCACGCUGACCACGAGAACCUAGAGAAUAUCCAGAGCUUAGUCAAGAUUGCCAAGCUAUACAACGAAAGGGUCGCCGAGGAGAAGGAGUUGCUGGAAGAACAGCUAAAGACUCGUUACGUCGGCAAACAAGACCCAAAGAAGCAUUUGGCCGAGACGUCAGAGAAGAUCAUCGAGGAGAAUGUCACGCUGUUGUUGACGAGCAACGUCAACUCUCUUGCCAUUCAGUAG